AUGCAGAUCUAUGUGAAGAUCACCCUCACUGGCAAAACCAUCACCAUCGAGGUGGAGUCCUCUAACACGAUUGACAAUAUCAAGGAAAAGAUUCAGGACAUGGAAGGCAUUCCCCCGAAGCUGCAGCGCCUAAUCUUCGCUGGCAAGCAGCUCGAGGGUGGGCACAAUUUAGCUGAUUACAACAUUCAGAAGGAUUCCACUCUGCACCUUCUCCUGCGUAUUGGCGGGUGUGGAUCUCUUGGUUACAGGUAUGUUUAUGUGAAGAUGCCCGCUGGCAAGACCAUCACGCUCGAGGUGGAGCCAUCGGACUCGAUCGACGAUGUCAGGACAAAGAUUCAUGGCCACCAGAGGCUCCUGUUUGCCGGCAAGCAACUUGAGGAUGGACAGACACUAGCAGAUUACGAAAUCCAAAACGAGUCCACUCUGCACCUUGACUUCAGCAUGCAGAUUUUCGUGAAGAUGCUCACUGGUGAGACCAUCACCCUUGAUGUGGAGCCAUCUGACACGAUCAGCCGUGUCAAGGAAAAAAUACGGGACCGCCACAGGAUCAUCUUCGACGGCAAGCAGCUUAACGAGUGGAGCAAACUUGCCGAUUACAACAUUCAGAAGGAGUCCACACUGCACCUCGACCUCUGCCCGCAUGGUGGCAUGCAGAUUUUCGUGAAGGCGCUCCCUAGCAAUACCAUCAGCCUCAAGGUGAAGGCAUCUGACACGAUCGGCGAUGUGAAGGCGAAGAUUCAGGACCAGCAGAGGCUCAUCUUCGAUGGCAAGCAGCUUGAGGAUGGGCGGACACUUGCCGAUUACGAUAUCCAGGAAGAGUCCACCCUGCACCUUGACCAUGCCAUGCAGAUUUUUGUGAAGACGCUCACCGGCCAGACCAUCACUCUCGAGGUGGAGGCAUCUGACACGAUCGACGAUGUGAAGGAAAAGAUUCAGGGCCAGCAGAGUCUCAUCUUUGAUGGCAAGGAGCUUGAGGAUGGGUGCACACUUGCCGAUUACGAUAUCCAGAGAGAGUCCACCCUGCACUUUGAUGCUUAAGUUCGGUGUCGUUUGAUGCUCUAGUUAUAUCUUUGCUCUUUUAGGUGUCCUUGUCAAUGCCUGGUUGAAAUCUUAUGACA